GAAGCGAGCGCAGCAGCGCGUCGGCCCUGAGCUGCUGUUCCUCCUUUUCUCUAGCCUGCUCUGCAGUCAUUCAUUGCUCCUGGAGUUAAGAUCUCCGCGGGAGAGAGAGAGCGAGAGAGAGCUGCUUUUUGCUUCCCUGGGGAGAAAUUGCUGAUGUGUUUUACAGUGGAGAAGAGAAAUCGCGCCAGGCACAAACCAUGAAUUACGUUGGACAGUUAGCAGGGCAAGUCUUUGUGACAGUGAAGGAGCUCUACAAAGGAUUAAACCCGGCCACGUUGUCUGGGUGCAUUGACAUCAUUGUUAUCCGCCAGCCCAAUGGAAACCUCCAAUGUUCACCUUUUCACGUACGCUUUGGAAAGAUGGGAGUUCUACGUUCUAAGGAAAAAGUGGUUGACAUAGAGAUUAAUGGAGAAUCUGUGGAUUUGCACAUGAAAUUAGGAGACAAUGGAGAAGCAUUUUUUGUAGAGGAAACAGAUGACAAAGAGGAGGCAAUUCCAUACCACUUGGCUACGUCCCCCAUUUUGACCGAGGGAUCGUCUCUCAUGGGAUUACAGCUGAAGAGAAAUUCUGUGGAUAGGUUAAGGAGCAUGGACUCUGCUGGUCCUUCGCAGUUAUCAAUCUCUAUUUCUCCUUCUGCCACUGAAUCCGUGGCUGCAAGUUGUUCUGUCAAGAAGAGGAGGAAGAGGAGAAGGAAAUCCGCCCAUAAAAUAGACAUUUUAAAAAGGGAUGAGAAUGCUGAUACGACUGAAGACGAAAGCAUGUUCCCUAUAGAAAUGAGUUCCGAUGAAGAAAAUGAGCUGCUAGAUACUACUUCCAGAACAUCGAUCCUUGAUUUGUCCAGGGAUGAAGACCUUGAGACGGUUUCUUCCAUAAAUGUGCUUGCUCAUCCCCACUCAGAUGGAGAAUGGACACCCAGACAGAGCCCUUCGGAUUCCCGACCGCUCACUCCUAAAAGUGAUUCUGAAUUAAUCAGUAAGCCUCUGGAAAGAAGUGUUGCAAACAAUAAUCCUCAGAUGCAUUGGGACUGGGGAGAACUACCUCAAGCCACAAAGACUGCCAUCCCACACAAGCCAAAAGAAUCCAGCACCUCAGUGGCUGUGAAUCAUUCUGGAAGCACGCACUUUCGAGUCAUCCAGAGCGCUGAUACGGAAGAGAUGCACCACCUCCCUUCCUUGCCUGAUCUUGGGCAGGAUGAGACUGUCUUGGUUGUGGAAGACCCGGAUGAAACAUCCCAAACGGAUAUAGAGACUUUAGGGGCAGCAGCCCUUCCACAUCCGGCCGGGGAAGAAUUGAAACCAGCCACAACAUCCUUGAUGCAGCCAGCCGGCAAAACAGAUUCUCCCUCCAAAAAAAAGGAUAAACGGAGUCGACAUCUUGGUGCUGAUGGUGUGUAUUUAGAUGAUCUGACUGACAUGGAGCCAGAAGUUGCUGCACUCUAUUUUCCUAAAAAUGGGGAUCAUAUUCCCCUCGGGAAAAACACGAGUGAAAACAGUCCCCGCUCAGCCAAUCAAUCCCCUCAAUCAGUCGGAAGCUCAGGGGUGGACAGCGGUGUCGAGAGCACUUCGGAUGGAAUCCGAGACCUGCCAUCCAUUGCCAUUUCGCUUUGUGGCGGACUGAGUGACAAUAAAGAAAUAUCUAAAGAAAACUUUUUAGAGCAAGAAGUCUCUUAUCAGCAGUUUGUCGACAACCCAGCUAUUAUCGACGACCCUAAUCUUGUUGUGAAGAUUGGAAACAAAUACUACAACUGGACAACAGCAGCUCCACUCCUGCUGGCAAUGCAGGCAUUCCAGAAACCUUUGCCAAAGGCCACUGUGGAUUCUAUAAUGAGGGAUAAGAUGCCCAAAAAAGGUGGAAGAUGGUGGUUUUCAUGGAGAGGGAGGAAUAACUCUAUCAAAGAGGAGGCAAAGCCAGCACAAGGUCUCAACGGAACAGAAGAGAAGAGUAUUGCAGACAGAAUCAAAGAUGAUACUUCUUCAAGUGAUGAAGAUCACCGAACUAAAAGUGAAACCACCCACCUUCCACUGUUGUCUGGAAUAGGUUAUAAAAAGAGCCUUCGACUCAGCUCAGAACAGCUGAAAAAUCUCAACCUUAAAAAUGGUCCCAAUGACGUCAUUUUUAGUGUCACAACACAAUAUCAAGGAACAUGUCGCUGUGAAGGCACCAUUUAUUUAUGGAACUGGGAUGACAAAGUCAUUAUUUCUGACAUUGAUGGCACCAUCACAAGAUCAGAUACUUUAGGUCAUAUUUUGCCUACCCUUGGCAAGGACUGGACGCAUCAAGGCAUUGCUAAAUUGUAUCACAAAGUGAGCCAAAAUGGAUACAAGUUCCUGUACUGUUCAGCCCGUGCUAUUGGGAUGGCAGAUAUGACUCGAGGUUACUUGCAUUGGGUGAAUGAGCGAGGAACGGUGUUACCACAAGGGCCUGUGCUAUUGAGUCCCAGCAGUUUGUUCUCAGCUUUUCACAGGGAAGUGAUAGAGAAGAAGCCAGAGAAAUUUAAAGUUCAGUGUUUAACAGACAUAAAACACUUAUUUCAUCCUAACACAGAACCUUUUUAUGCUGCCUUUGGCAACAGGGCUGCUGAUGUGUACUCAUACAAGCAAGUUGGAGUUUCACUAAACAGAAUAUUCACUGUAAUCCAAAAGGAGAACUAAUUCAAGAACAUGCGAAGACCAACAUUUCAUCGUAUGGGAGACUUGCGAAGUGGUGGAUCAUGUAUUUCCCUUGCUGAAAAGAAGGCAUUCUUCAGACUUCCCUGUUCUGACACCUACAGUCAGUUCACAUAUGGAGGGAGCCACUGCCACCUUUUGACAAUCAAGAUAUUCAUUCUAGUUUGCCAUAAGUCUUUUUGAAACAUCUUGGCAGCAUCUUAACCAUCUCAGCUCUUCUAUGCUUCAGUUGUUCAACUGGAUUUUGCGCCUCAAAACGAAAUUUGGGAUGCAGUGGUUUGAAAAAAAAAAAGCCAAUUCAGAAAUUACCUUUGUUCUUUAAAAGCAUUCUGAAGGUUGUCCAGCUCUUCACCAGCAUAAUGCUUAAGGGGUACCCAAAAUGCCCUGUCUUCUUUCGAAAGGGACAAUUCCGGGUGCCAUGGUAGCGGGAACCUCAAAGCCCUCUAUGGUCUUCGGCGUUUCCAUGCGAGCUUUGAAAGCACACUGGUGUGUUUGCCUCUUGAAGCACUACCAGAGCCAUUCCAUCCCCUACUUCUCAGGUAGAGGAAGAGGAAACUCUAAGCCUCCGAGGUGUAACACGCAUAUUUUUUUAUACUCCCCCCCCAAAAAAAACCCCCCGGUAAUCAACAAAAUACGUUGAGAUCAAGUGAACAAAAUUCAGUCGAUCGAUAAGCUGAACACAGCACGGCUGUGGUUGCUAGCACUGUAUUGAUAGGGGUUAUGAUUCUAACCUCCCAAUUCUGUCCAUAUGUACCAUUGCCAAUUGUUCUUUCAAUUUCAUUUGUUACGAUGAAAAUCUCUUUGAUUUUUAAGGAAUCGAAUGCACUUUGAUUAUCAUUUGCACGUGACUAAGUCGGCUCUGCUAAGUUAGGCCAUAUUUUAUCAAGCGAAACUUUGAGCCUGCUACCAAUUACUGCGUUUCAUCUUAAUCUUGCUGGAAGGUUUGGGCCCGCCAGAGGUCCCACAGUGCAAUAUUUUUAUGGCCAUAGCUAAGAGUUUACUACUGUGACAUAUAUGCUUUUCAAAUAGAGUGUCUUGGAUACUUGGCAGCAGAGUCCUCUGCCGUUCCUGGCUUCUUUCCCAUGAACAGCGAUGCCAUUUAAAUAGAAGUGUGCUCUUCCCACCUAACAUAAUAAUGCGCGAAGGUUUCUGCCUCCAAUUGCAAGGGAAACAUGUCUGGAAGUAUUUUUAGUGAACUUUCUUGAAUUGCUUCGUUGCUGGAUCAGCCUAUUUUAUUUGCACUAUGUGAAUUAGAUGUGAGAAGUGAAGGAGUUGGCUGAUUUUAAAUCCUCUGAAGAUUCUCCCUUGGUAUUUUUCUUUUUCUUCACCACACAGUUUUGAGAUUAAUAUGAUUUGGGGUAUCCUACAUUAUAGACAGCCUUUACUGAGAGUUUUUACAUUUCAUUAUUUUUUUCUUGGUAUUAUUAGGAAAAAUCAUUACCUUCCUUUUUCUUUUGGUUACGUUUGACUGUCUUUGAGAUUCAAUAUUAUAAUGAAUAUUUUAGAUUGAGAGAAGCUGCUUUUUACAAGUUGCUGGCUUUCUUUAAAAUGCAAGUUUCCAUUGUUUAUACUGUGCAUCAAAUAAUCUUUUUAAAAAGAAAACCCUUGCUUUUAUUAAACUAUUUCCUUUUUAAUAUUUAUUGGAAGGUUGCUAGGUAAUCUGUUAUAUAAAGACAACAGGCCUGAGGUCUGUAAGUCUUUUUUUAAAGUUGGAGACUGGCAAAAGUAAUGCUGUUGAGAUGGUUAGAACUAUGUUAAAAUAUCUUUCUCACUGUGUUGAAAUUUAACUCCAGUAUUUUUCUCUUGCUGAUCUCUGAGUAAAUAAUACCCCUUAGAAGAAAUUGUUUGGAAUCCUUCUUAUAUGAAUUUAGAUAUACCUCACUUGCCAUUAUAUAUUCUGCUUCUUUUAAAAGGGAACUUGAGAAUUCUGUCUAUUUGUGUUUUCAUAAUUGCACUCUAGCAGCUCCCAAAUACUGUGGCCAAAUCCAGCUAAAGUUAAUUAGAAUAAAGUUAAAUUACUUUCACUAACUUGACCUAGAUUUUCCCCCACCAUAAAUAAUUACUUGGAAGUCCCAAUAAAGCCAUUGGGCCUAACUUCUAAAAAAUAUAAUGGAUUGCUGUGUUAGUAAGCUCUGCCUUUAACUGGAUUUAGGAUCCAAAGCUGCAAGCCAAUUUUAAGUAAGGGAAUUUGUUUGCCAUUAAAUCAGGGGGCUUUUCCCACUGAUAGUGAAAAUUACAUUCAGUAUCAUAGCUUGUCACUCUUUAUACUUAAUGAAUUAAUUUCACACUGGCUCUUAUAGUGCACAUUCCGCUAAAUAAUUAUCCCAUUAGCUUUAUGCUGCAACUGAUACUACCUACUCAGAAAUAAGCCCCAUCGCUACAGUUGGAUUUCAUUGUAUGUUUGCAAUUUUAAUCCUACUGUAAGACAGCCCACAUGAUUAAAUCGUAUAUUGUAGAUUCUGUUCUCAACUUGCAAUCUUGGAAUGAAGAUCGAUUCAAUCAGGAUUGUCGGUGACUACAGCCAGGCCCAACUAGAAAUUGGUUUUCUCAUUUAAUUCCUUCUGUGCUGUUAACUUUUUUGUGAGUACACAACCUUUCUGAAGCAGCAUCACUGUUUCCUCUGAUUACCGUUCUCGGCAGUCCACAGCAGCAUAUGUAAAAUAAUUUAAAAUAAUUCAAAGGCCAAAGGAGCGGGUAAAACCAAAACUGCUCAAGCCCCCAAAAUCACUUUGCUUGAUAGGGAAGGAGAAACGGGGUUGAGAUUUGAAUCCAUUUCUCUCUUUCGAACUCUUGUGGGGUUUUGGAGGGGAAAAAAAUUCCUUUCACAUCCAAGCGGUUAAAAUGAAAGGGGAAUUAAGUGUGCACAGCCAAAUUUCUGCAUGUUAUUUUGCUUCAACAGGCAUACAAGCUCUUUUGUAUUCCAAUAGAUUAAUUAGGGCAGUGUCCCCGAACCUUGUGGCCACCAGCGAUCUGUUGCGCGGAGAGAGGGUUUUCCGUGGACUGGAGGGAGCAUGGUUUCGCAUGCUGCCCACAUCCUGCGCAAGGGGCUUCGCUAGUUUGUGUGGCUCGGUUUCUCGUAUUCUGCAACCCAGUGCCAGUCCAUGGACCGGGGGUGUUGGGGACCCCUGAAUGAGGGUAUUGAUAUCUGUAAGGAGAUGAAACAUCUCUAAUACCUGUUGCUUGCAACUACAAAACAACAACAACAACAACAAAAAUAGGACAAAAUAUUAUGUCUCCGGUCUAAAUUUAUGAUGAAGAUCCAGUAAAUCAAAUGAAAGUGAUUUUCAGCGGCAAUUCUUAGAACCCUUUUCAGCAGGUAAUUGAUAAAGAUGGAGUUGGAUGCAUAGGAGUAGAUCAGUGUCCCCCCCCCCCAAUCUUUUUGGGCACCUGGGACCAGUUCCGUGGAGAAAGGAUUUUCCGUGGACCGGAGGGGGCGUGGUUUCAUGCGCUACCUGGAUCCUGCGGAUGGGGCGUCACUUAUUUGUGCGGCCUGGUUACUGGCGUGCUGCGGUCCGGUGCAGGUACACGGAUCGGGGAUUGGGGACCCCUGGACUAGAUCACACAUUCCAUUUCAUUGCCUUGAAUGGGAUUUUGUCAUUUUCCUUGUCUAAUAAUUCUCUUUCCCCACUUCUCAUCCUAUGUGCUUUCAGUAAUAUGAUUGGACACCAUAACUUGCUGGGAUUAGUAAAGUGUUCUCCCCCCCCCUUCUCCAAUUAUUUCUGAAUGUACAUUGGUUCCUAUAUAUGGGCAAUAUCACGGGUACAUAAAGAAAUACAGGUACUGAUCCAAAACCAGCAUAAUAUUAAGGUCUUAAUGUUACCGAAUUCCUAGUUGAACAACAUGAAAUCUACUUCUCAGGUCCAAGAACACGAUUGUGGAUUUAGCAACAUUUGAUCACCCAAAAGUUUAGCAUGGGGAAUAGAAAGCCGUGGAAAAACUUGUUUCUAUAUUAUCACUUUUUGGGGAGCGCGUAUCUUUUAUUGCAGAAUGCUUCUCGUGCUUAUUCCUCUUUCUUAACGCACGUUGCACAGCCGGGACACGUGUAUUUUGCCAUUUUGAAUUUGUAUUUGAUUUCUCAGAACAAAAUGUGCACGAUCCAGCUAAGGUUAAGCAACAGUGUUGAAUAGCGCUUCGGAUCUUGCUUUGGUACCGCUGCUUUACAGCGGCGGGCAGAUGUUCUGCCUCUUGUUUUGCUCUGAACACGUUUGGGGGCAUUGAAUCUGAAACUCUGCCCAGCCCUAUUGAAACAGGUUUCAUUCCCAUUUACUUAAAUUGCAAGAAGACAGCUAGGAAUCAGAGGGAUUCUUUCCCUUGGUAGAUCCAGAUUGUUUCCUUAUUCUAGUAUUUCAAGGAUGAAGAUGCUGCCUUAAGAAACAGGCUUCAUUUUAAGGAAUAGUUAAUAAACCAACAGUAAAUGUUUUUUCAGGAAUUGGACUGUGUCACCAAGGCUAAACCGAGAAUUCUUGUGCCCACAUGUAAUUCUACUGCGUUAAUACUUGAGGCAAACUCUGGAUUUCCAUAAGAAAAUGUGAAUCGACAAACCUUGGCAAAUUGAUUUUGCUCUUGUUUGCUGAUUUUUUUUAAUGUGCCUGGCAUCAUUUUUUUUUGUUUUUAAACUUUCCUAAGCUUUAUUAGAAAAUGCUAUUGUAGUGUUGAAUGUAAUUCCCGAGGAUUGCAGCUGAUAGUUAUGGCAUUGGUUGGGGAGGAAUAUUUUAUAAAGCCUACUCAAGCUUUAUUGUUAAAAACAUAAAACGAGCUGCAGAUCCGGUUUCUAAAUAGUUUUUAAUUUGGCCAGGUAGUUCUGCAUACAUUAAAAUGGCAUUGUUGAAUUUGCACAAUAAACGUGGAGUGGAUGAAUUAGUUCUUUCUGUGAAAGAUUAAAAAAAAAAGACCCUCUUCUGGUGUAUUGAUGGUUUUCUGUUACAGAAAAGAUGUCCUUUUCUAAAUAGAAAGCCAAUAUAUGCUCUGUUUGUACUCUCUCCCAUAUCUUAAACUAGAAUAUGCAAGAUGGAUCACUGUUUAUUUUGAUACAUUUUAUGGCUAUUUAGUUCCAUACGUUGAAAUUCAAAUAAUGGUGAUGGGAAUUUGAGGGCAAGAGGGAGAAUUAUUAAGGGAAAUAUUUGGGAAAAGUAUUUUCUCUGUACAUAUAUGCAGUAGUGCUGUGACUCUAUAAAAAAAAAGAUAACUUCAGUUUGAUGGUCAACAAAAUGCAAAUAAAUAUAUUGUAAUAAAUUCAA